AUGGGCUGUAAUUACCUAGUGGUAGUUGAUCGUUAUUCCAACUGGCCGGUGGUGGAGAAAGCCUCUGAUGGUUCCAAUGGUUUAAUAGACUGUCUCCGAAGGAUAUUUGUUACUUUUGGUAUCCCUGAUGAACUAGCAUCAGAUGAUGGACCCGAGUUCACUUCUGCGGCCACACGUCGACUUCUCAGGAACUGGGACGUUCACCAUAGACUGUCAUCUGUAGCGUUUCCCCAUAGUAACUGCCGUGCUGAAGUGGGAGUCAAAACAGUGAAGAGUCUGAUCACUGGUAACACCAGUUCUAAUGGCGACUUAAACACCGACGCAUUCCAACGCGCUAUUCUCCAGUAUCGUAACACACCUGACAGAGACACAAAACUUUCCCCUGCUAUGUGCGUGUUCGGUCGUCCUAUACGAGACUUUAUUCAUAUACAACCCGGUCGGUACAUUCCACACAACACUUUGCUGGAGACUUUAGCAGCUCGCGAGAAGGCGUUACGGAAUCGUCACAUGCGAGAAAGUGAACGUUGGUCUGAACACACCAAACGCCUCUUACCUCUUGCAGUUGGAGAUCAUGUACGCAUCCAAAAUCAAGUUGGUCCUCACCCCCUUAAAUGGGACAAAACUGGAAUCAUUACCGAAGUUUACCAGUUUGAUCAAUAUGUAGUUCGGGUUGAUGGAUCUGGACGUGUUACCUUACGCAACAGGAAAUUCCUCAGGAAGUAUAUCCCAGUCGUUACACCACCAGCGCGCUACACAAUUGACAAUCAAAUUGGACUCUCCCGUCGUACGACGUCUCCUGCUUCCAACGCCCCAGACACCGUCGUCGGUGAAGAAAGCAACCCCAAGGAUACGAGUCCUCCACCAUCCACAUUGUUGACUACUAGAACCAUACAACGUUCGCCUCGUUCAUCAUCUGAUGUUGAUCACCCUUCACCACCAUUUGGUAUUCGAGACAUCUUCAGUCGACGUCAUCUAGCGUUUGAUUCCCCUGCAAACCCAGUGAGCAAAAUCACCACACACCCGGCAACGAUGCCACCUAUCUCGACACAUACGCCACAAGCAGUAGUUCCGUCCCCUGCACCGAUCCGGACUUCUGGUCGUGCCGCAAAGAAACCAGCUUGGCAUUCAGAUUAUAAAAUGUCAAAAUAA